AUGGCCAGGGCUAUCAAUCAAUCCAUCCAACAAGUAAACUCCAACACCUGGCUCAUUUGUGGCCGAUUACUUUGCGAACGGAUUUCCCGCUCAACAGACGCUGAUUGGGACGAUGAAGUGGAUAUAGCAAAAAGUUACCGUCUCACUUUGGAUCCUUCUCCAGCUCCCGAUAAAGUGACCGACCUGGAUUCCCACGACCCUCAUAUUCAGCUGCAAUAUGACCCAGGUGGUUGUUCUGCCGUCUGGGCCAUUGGAAACAACGCCUUCUGCAAAGUGAAAAGCCUUAUUUCAGGUGUCACCCCAGAAAAGGAUACACUUGCCUAUGUAGAAAACCUACACAAUCGCAAAUUCACUACCCCCAAAGUCAUUUAUCACAUCCAGCUCGAGGACCGAACCAUUCUCAUCCUUCAGAGACUGCCUGGUCGGACUCUCGGAGAGGCGUGGCCUACUCUUGAUAUUCGUUGGAAAGAGAACUAUGCCAAAAUGAUUGUUGAGAGCUGCAAGGACCUCGCUGUGCAGAAGCACGGAAAGCUAUGUGGUGUGGAUGGUAUUAGUGGUAUACCUGAAGAAUACCUGAUCCAGAAGCGUAAAGAGAAGGAUUUUUCGUGUACAAAUUUGCAAAAGGCAUGCGAGCAAAUCGGCAUGGACUGCUCUGAAUUUGUCUUCUACCAUGCAGACCUUGGUCCGGGCAAUAUCAUUGUAGAAGAUGAUCCUCCUCAGAAAGGAACGAUUGGGAUAAUUGACUGGGAAAUUGCAGGUGGACUGGAUUUACCAGAUGGCUCUUUGGAAUGGCGAAUAUUGGUGCAGGAACUCAUGGGAGCCAAUAACUUUGAAUCACAUCUACAGGAGUGGGCGGAUUGGUGGGGCUAUAUAAUUAAUUGA